CUUUCGUUGUUUAUCUGUCUGCAAAAGUCUCGGAAAAUCUCUCUCUCUCUCUCUCUCUCUCUCUCUCUCUCUCAUCAAUGGAGAAACAGCUUCUUCUUCCAAUUCUCUUUUUGUUCUGCUCCCUUCAUUCCCUCUCAUCAGCUUUCACUCCUUCAACUAAUCACCUUAUCCUCUGCGGAUCAAACAACAGCACAACAAUCGACGGCCGAGAUUUCACAGGAGAUUCCAGCUCCAAUUCACUCGUCCGCUUCACAGGUUCAAAGAUCUCAAUCAAAGAUCCAAACCCAUCUUCAGAUUCAUCUCCUCUCUACCACACUGCAAGAAUCUUCACUACACCAUCUUCCUACGAAUUCGACAUUGAAAGCAAAGGCACUCAUCUGGUACGCUUCCAUUUCUUCCCUUUCUCCAAUCCAAACUACAAUCUCAGCUCCACCAUUUUCGACGUUUCCACUCUCGGGUUCUUUCUAUUGAAAGAUUUUUGUGUCCCGAACAAAACCCAAUUCUUAAAAGAGUAUAUCAUCAACAUCAACACACCAAAACUCAGAAUUUUAUUCACCCCUUCCAGCAAUUCAACACUGCCUAUAGCCUUUGUAAAUGCCAUCGAAGUUUUCUCCGCACCCGAUGGCCUGAUAAGUGAUUCUGCACCAUUCAUACCUCAGAUAAAACCCAAAUUCAAAGGUUUGUCUGCACAGGGAUUAGAAACCAUUCAUCGGAUCAAUGUAGGCGGUUCUUGCAUAACGCCUUUUAAUGAUACGCUGUGGAGAAAUUGGAUCCCCGAUUAUCAGUAUCUUCAACAGAGUUCUUCCACCAAGGCCGUUGGUUUCAGCGGCCAGAUAAAGCACUGGAGUGGUGGGCCGAGCCAGGAGAUCGCUCCGGAUUACGUCUACAAUACAGCCCGUGAGAUGGAUAGGCCCCACAAAAUGAACAUCACUUGGAAAUUCCCUGCAACAGUUGGAUUCCAUUACCUUGUUCGGAUGCAUUUCUGUGACAUUGUUAGCCAGUGGGCUGGUCAGCUGUACUUCAAUGUCUAUAUACAUGAUUCAUUCGCAUAUGAAGAUCUUCAUCCAUUUCAUUUUACUGGCCAGAUGAUGCUCGCAUCCCCUUUCUACCUAGACUUCAUUGUGGGUCCUGACAGUUCGGGAGUCAUAAGCAUAAGCGUCGGCCCUUCAAAUAUGAGUGAUCCUGAAAAAAUCAAUGCCAUAUUGAAUGGAUUGGAGAUCAUGAAGAUAAACAAUUCAGCAGGUAGUUUUGACAGACAUGUUACAGUAAAUUCAAAUUCACAAAGCAGCAGGCCUAAGAAGAUUGCCAUCGGCAUUCUCAUCGGUUCUAUCGCCAUUGGCACCAUGAUUAUCUUAUUGGUCUCCUCACUUUUAAUGGUGUUCAAACGUUGGAAGUUGCGCAAACUGAAGGAAGCUGGGCCUGCGAAUAUGAACUGCAGAUUGCUGAUCCCUUUCGCAGAAAUUAAACUGGCUACGAACAAUUUCGAUGAGAAUUCCAUUAUUGGGGGAGGCAGUUUUGGUAAGGUCUACAAAGGGGUGCUCCAAGAUGGCACGAAAGUUGCCGUGAAGAGGCAUGGAAUGACAAUGUCCCAGCAAGGCUUCUCAGAAUUUCAGACGGAGAUCAUGUUCUUAUCAAGACUCCGCCACCGGCAUCUCGUUUCGCUGAUUGGGUACUGCAACGAACAGUCAGAAAUGAUAUUAGUUUAUGAGUACAUGGAGAAUGGCCCACUGAAGAAACAUCUCUAUGGCUCCGAUUUGCCGUGUUUGUCAUGGCAACGGAGACUGGAGAUCUGCAUUGGCACUGCAAGGGGCCUACACUACCUUCACACGGGCUGGCCGCAUGUGAUCAUACACCGCGAUGUGAAGUUGGUGAACAUCUUGCUUGAUGAGGACUACUCAGCCAAGGUGGCAGAUUUCGGGCUGUCGAAGCUGGGGCCUUCCAUUGAUGAGACCCAUGUAAGCACAGACAUCAAAGGCACAUAUGGAUAUCUUGAUCCAGAGUAUUUUCAGAGAUGCCAGCUCACUGUAAAAUCCGAUAUAUAUUCACUCGGCAUCGUGCUUCUUGAAGUCCUAUGUGCUCAGCCCAUCAUAGAUUUCUCUCAUUCAAGGGAGAAGGUGAAUUUAGAAGAAUGGGCCAUGCAUAAGCUGAAGAACGGGUCAUUGGAGGAGAUCGUCGAUCCAAGGAUUGCAGAUCAGAUUGAUUCAAAUUCUCUAAAGAAGUAUUGGGAGAUAGUGGAGAGAUGUUUGGCUGAACAUGGCAAGGACAGGCCUAUGAUAGGCGAUGUCUUGUGGAACCUAGAAAAUGCACUCCAACUCCAAGAGACUUCAUUGCAAAGAGAAGUAUAUGAAGAUAGUGGCAGCGAAGCAACGGAUAUUCAGUUGCCAACCAUUCAUCGAGCGGAUUCUACCACUGUAACAAUCGAUGAGGGUGAGACGAUCGAAACUAGCUGUGAUCGACCGUUGAUAGGGCAUGAGGAUGGUAUUAAGAAUCGAAGGAGUCGAUCGGUUCAGCCCCGACUAGAGCGAGUCAUGACUCGACUCAGGACUGAACUAUUCGAGUCUGAGUGGUUUGAGUCUUUUAGUUUUAGCUAGCCAUGUGGGUACUUGAUUCUUAGGUUCUUAAGAGAGUUGCUAUUAUGCAGCUUCCUUACUAUAUUAUAUACAUGUGUGGUGAUCAGAACUGUUGAUCUAUUGGGCCAGGCCAUGGUCCAAAAGAAAAGGGAUUAGGGUUUCAAAAGGAAUGGUUAGAGCAAUGGCGCCCCACAUCAAUCAGCGAAAACGCACAGUGGCUGAAUGGCCAAAGUUGUCUAAUCACCACCGUUCAUGGUAUAUAACCUACCCACAAGGUGGCCCACUGGAUCAUCAGUACCUAUCACUGUAUAAUGACUAAGUUGGAUUAUAGAAUUUCUUUCUUGUGAUUGUAUAAGCAUCAUUAUAUACUUUGGUGUGAUGGUGAAAAUAGAAAGCUUUGGUAGUGU